UCCGCUGUGGUCGCCUACGCGUUGGGGUGGAAAAUAUAAAAUGGUGCGGUUCAUAGGCAAACGCGAGCAGUUUUUUACGACACUUGGAGAGCAGUACCCCGAACUAGUGAUUGAUGAUGAGUCAUGGACCAUUAUUAAAGAAUACGAGGAGGCCUUCAGACCUUUCUACAAGGUAACCAAGCUGAUGCAAACUUUGCAUCAGCCGUUUUCGGAGUUCUACAUCCAAUGGCUAAAUGGUGUUCGUGAACUAAAACUUUUGAAAAACAAUCGGUUUGUGACACCGUUAUCAAACGGUUUGAUGAACCGGUUGAACCUCCUAAAAGACAGCCAAUUAUUCCGAGCCGCAUUGUAUUUGGAUCCUAGAUUCAAUUUCUUGGAUUCUAAAGUAUUCAGUCUUGAGGAAAAGGAAUCAACCCAGGUAAGGAUGUAAGGAUACCGUC